AUGGAUCUCUUCUUCGCCAAGAAUGACUUCCAGUUCGAGCCCUCGGCCUGGUUCACCCUAGCUGAACUCAACAGCCCGAAUCUAAGACGGCGUCGGUUGCGAGCACCGCUGAGGCUUCAAGAGUUGUGGACGGAGCUCAUAGCGCGCAUGCGCCGGAUCAGCGUCAACUUGAUGUGGGACGAAGCCUACCUCACCGCCGUCUCCUCCGCGCUCAUACAGAAUGCGCACACCGUCACGGAGCUCACUUUCUUCUUGCCAGACGCCAGAAGGAGGGCAGGCAAGAUGAAGAUGGGCUUAUACGGAGAUUUUCUGAGGGAUAUUGCCAGGAUUCCUACGCUCAAAAGGAUCAAGCUCGGCAGUCAAACGCCUGGCGGAGAGGAUAUCUUGUACUUCCCGAGAAAGAAGUGGGUGGCUGGCCUCACUGGGGCGCUGGUAGACUUUGCGUCCGCUGCGGCAGCCGGCUGA